UCCAUGACGGUUGUACAGACAUUUUGGAUAUUCUGUGAAAACUCUUCCCUGCACGGACUACGCUACAUUGGGCGGAAUAAGGCGAUCAAGGGAAACAUCCUGUUGCGGUUCGUCUGGAGUGUGAUAGCAAUGGUGAGUUUGGGGUUUACGCUACUGCUGGCCAACUCGGCCUGGGAUCAGUUCCGAAGCAAUCCAACGAUAACCACCAUCGAGACGACCUCGUACCCGGUGUCGCUGAUUGCCUUUCCAUCGGUGACGCUGUGCAACAUUAACAAAAUUCAUUCGGGUAAAGCAGAGGAGCUCGGACGGAAGUUACUGGACCUGGGCAUACAAAGCAAUGAUACGAUAGAUUUGCUGUACUCGUUACCCCGACUGAACGAUUAUCGUGCUAUCGACGAGCGAAUAAUAUCAAUAGAACAGCUCCUAACGUCCAAAGGGUACGACACGGAACGCAUCGCGUUUGAAGUUGCUCCACCCUGCGAAACGAUGAUGGUCCACUGUUUCUGGCUAAUGCAACCGGUCCAGUGUAGUAGCUUGUUUCGUCGGACGAAGAUUUUCGCCGGUUACUGCUGUUCCUUCAACGCGGACAGAUUUCUGGAGCCAAUAUUUACACGAUCGCUAAAUAUUACUCCUCAGGAGACUAUUCACGUUACCGGCAUUGGAAAGGGGGAAGGACUGUCGGUGAUGAUGGAUAUUGGCGAGAGUAACUAUAUGGCUUCGAAUCGGUUUUCGUACGGCAUUGAGGUUUUCGUGCAUCGAUCGUUCGAUUUUCCUGACUAUUCGGAUUAUACCGCCAUCGUACAGCGUGGCAAGGAGACGGAUGUGUCCGUUUUGCCUACGAUCGUUACGGCGAGUCCUUCGCUGAGGAAUAUACCGGUCGCGAUGCGAGGAUGUGCGUUCGACGAUGAGGGCAACGUCACGACCAGCGUCCCGUACACGUACAGCAAUUGUAUGAACGAGUGCGAGUUGCGUUACACUGCGGAGGUGUGCCGGUGCGUCCCGUUGUUUAAGCAAACGUUUGAACUGCAGGAGUUGUUGCAGGUGCCCAUCUGUGGGUUUCGUGAUCUUUUGUGUUUGCUGGAUUUGAAGGAGCGGGUCAGCUUUACGUCGGAACAGAUGGCGAAUAUGAUCGGUAGCGACUCGAAACGAACCAACAUUAAAUGUCAUUGCUAUCCUAGUUGCACUAUCGAGAAAAAUGAAGUUCACACCAUCACAAAUACUAUCUCCAAUCCUAAGAAAGACUCCUACGUUCCUGAGUUUAACUUUUCCGCUUACGGGGUGCUGCACGUUCAUUUUCGCUCGACCAACUGUCUCAAAUAUAGGCGCGAACCAUUCGUCACCUGGCAAACACUGGUGGCCACCUUUGGCGGAAUCCUUGGCAUAUGUUUUGGAGGCUCCAUACUGAGCAUAAUCGAGGCAGUGUUUCUGUUCGGCGUGAUUCCUUUUACGGUGUAUAAUGCACUGAGGAGCAAAAGCAAAACGCAUCCGUCGCCCACGGUUAAUGCGAUCUCUUACAUAGACUAUCCGGGACAUCAGCCGUUGGGAUAUUUUAGACGCAAGGCAGUGAUGGCACGAGCCAUCCGGGAUGGUGGUGACACGCUGUGGAGAAUGGAAAAGCGGAUGCAUCCGUUGGAAACGCGUCGCUGGAAGCAACACUAUAUUGAUGAGUUGAGAAUAAUGCCAUAAUUAGUUACGAAAACAAUGAGUAAGAGUACUCACAGGAGGGCUAGUACUGCCCUGAGAAUAGUUUUCCGAUAAAUUCGAAGCUAAUUAAGUUGUAAACUAAAAGUACAAAAGCUG